GAUCUGAUUGUGUUUUGCUGUUGUGUAUGAUUGUGUUUGCGUUGUUAGCUACUAUUUAGCGUACCCUAUUUCAACAAUUUUUUGGUGAAAAUAGUGAAAUAUCAGUGAAGUUUGUGUGAAUUUCUGCUCGAAAAAUGGCAGAACAAUCGGCGGAAGCUCGUAUGAACACUGCCGCUCUGAAACGGGCCGACCCCUACCUCAAAGAACUUCUAGAAACGGCGGCCCAUGUAGCUCUCUACACCUUCAACCCAGACGUCAACGAAUGGGAAAAAACAGAGGUAGAAGGCGCACUCUUUGUCUACAGUCGUACUGGUGAGCCAUUCCACAAUAUUCUCAUCAUGAAUCGUCUAAACUGCAAGAAUUUCGUAGAGCCUGUAAUCCGAGGCUUAGAUCUACACCUGGAAGACCCUUACCUACUCUACCGUACCCCGAAAGGGUCUAUCUACUGUGUGUGGUUCUAUGAUAAACGAGAAUGCUCUAGGAUUGGACAAGCUUUAGACAGACUUGUCAAGGAAACCACGUUGAAUUCAUCGUCGACAGCUGUAGACAAAACUCAGACGAAGAAAGGGGAAGGCAUAGAUAUAUUCUCAAUGCUAUCCAAGGCUCAAGAAGAGUACAACAGUGCGUCUUCCAAGGAUGGAAACGGAAAUAAACCUGAGGACAACACCCCAAAGAGUGUCAAAGAUUUCUUCAUGAAAGCUUCAUCAUCAACCGCUUGGUCGUCCGCUCAACAGAACCCGCCCGAGGUAGUUCCUGCCCCUAGGGGGGCUGCAGCCCCGCUUGCUCCGCCACCAGGGUUGACUCAAAUUCCCGCCCAGGAGCCUCCAGUGUUCCCCAGUCUGGAGAAACUGCUACUAGAUCCGCAGAACUCACUGCAACACAUUGAAAACAAACUCCAGAAGACAACAUCUCCUCAACCGAUACAAAAUGGCGGCGGACUGGUCUCGCCCACUAGCAACGUGGUUCAGACGCUGAACUUCUUCAACUCCAACCUCACCAAGUCUUAUCUAAAGAUGGCCGAAGAUGGGAAGUUGGUCAUGCCUCAGCCCGCCAUGUUUCCAAAUCAGCCCGCCAUGUUUCCGUCGAACUCGUUGAUGACGUCACAGGUCCAGACUCCAUCUGAGAUGCAGCCGUUGACCAAGACGCAGCUGCUUCAAGCCCUCGAGUAUCUGAUGAACAACGAUGACGAAUUCAUUCCAAUGCUACAUGCCGCUUAUGUCAAGAGUCUCACGCGCAAAACAUCGUAAAUAUGUCCUAUUUUGACCUUGAUGUUAGUAAAUAAGCUACACUUAAUUUGACACUGAACAUAGUAAAUACUCUUAUUCAAAUUUGGUUUACUUUGACGUUGAACGUAGUAAAUAAGCUCCUCUUAGAUCCGCCGCAAAGUAGACCCACGAAAAGCAACCCACGCCGUGGGAUGUUUUGUAAACCAUUGCAAGGCUUCUCCAGACAUCUGUGUAAUGAUAAUAAU